AUCAAUGUACAGGAAACUGAUGAAUGCUGUGAUGCUCCUGAGGAAUCAUGUAAAGAGGAAGAUUUAAGUGAUGACGCCUCUUAUGAGUCUUGUGAGUCAGAGAAACAUCCUGAAGAAUGGAAAGCAGAAUCAGAAUCAAGUUCAGCAGAGGAUGAAGUGGAAGAAAGUGAAUCUGCUUAUGAUGAAGCCCUUUAUGCAGAGCAUUAUGUCAACUCUGAGGCAGAGAAAGAUGAAGGAACCUUUGAUGGAGCAGCUUGUGCAUUGGAGGAAUACGCUCCUGAAAUCUUAAAUGAACAAGAACCCGAAGUCUGUAUGUUUGCGCCAAGUGCAGAAGACAUCUCUGUUGAAGGUGAUGCAUAUGAGGACAAUAUCUGUAAUGCUCCAAGUUACCAAUCGACUGAUGAGAAUAUCUCCAUGAUUCAUGACGAACAGAACAUUUUUACUGAUGACAGAAAUGAUGACAAUGAAGAGCCUAAAGAAGAGCAGCCUAAUACAGUUGACAGUAAUGAAGACAAAAUAUUUGAUGAAUAUUCAGAAAAGGAGCCAUAUUGGUCACUUACAGAUGUCAAAGAUGAGAUGUGUGAUCUCAGUGUUCAGGAAUACUAUGCAUAUCACAUCAAAAGCAUUCAGUCUUCUGUCAUACAAGCCCUGAAUGGAUUUGUUGAGGAAGAAAGUUCAUGCGAACAGACAAUUGAUGUAGAUGCUUCUGAGAACGAGGAAGAAGAUGCCCUUUUAUCCCUUACAGAGAUUAAGCUGCAGGAUGUUCAAGCCCCUGAAGUUUGCCAGGAGGAGUGCAAAACAGUCAGAUUUGAAAUUACUGACGCUAAUGAACUGAGUGAGAACUGUUCUGUUGUGGAAGAGACUCCAGAGUCAGACGACAACUGUGGGUUAAAUGAAAUCUCAAGUGAAACAGGACCACCUCUAGGUAUUAUUCAAAGUGUUGUCUCAGCACAGGACGUAGUCACACAGGUCAAAAGGAUCGAGGAUUCAGAAGAAGAGGACAGCGAAGAUGAUUCCUAUGAGCUUUGUGAAUGCGAGUACUGCAAUCCACCUCUUGAGCAGGUACCAGCAAAGCCACUGCUCCCACGGAUGAAAUCGAAUGAUGCAGGGAAGAUCUGUGUGGUCAUUGAUUUGGAUGAAACCCUAGUGCAUAGUUCAUUUAAGCCAGUGAACAAUGCUGAUUUUAUCAUUCCAGUGGAAAUUGAUGGAACAGUUCACCAGGUUUAUGUGUUAAAGAGGCCCCACGUCGAUGAAUUCCUCAAGAGGAUGGGAGAACUGUUCGAGUGUGUUUUGUUCACCGCAAGUUUAUCCAAGUAUGCUGAUCCUGUCUCGGACCUGUUGGACAAAUGGGGGGCCUUCCGGAGCCGUCUCUUCCGGGAGUCAUGCGUCUUCCACAAAGGGAACUAUGUAAAAGACCUGAGCCGUUUAGGACGAGACCUCAAUAAGGUCAUCAUCAUUGACAACUCCCCAGCCUCAUACAUCUUCCACCCGGACAACGCAGUUCCUGUAGCGUCCUGGUUUGACGACAUGUCAGACACCGAGCUCCUCGAUCUUAUCCCCUUCUUUGAGAGACUAAGCAAAGAGGAUGACAUCUAUGAUAUUCUCAAGCAGCAGAGGACUUCAAGUUAACAGAGGCAGGAUACUAGGAUGAAAAUAAUCACCAGCAGCUGUCGUCACGGGGCCACGGAGGCUGGUGGGCCACAGGCUCCACGCUGCUUCCCAGUACAAGGACCACACUGCAAAAAGUGACUGUCAUUUAAUCUGAUGUUCCACUCUUACAGUUUAUAGCAUAAAAAAAGGUGAAGGCAAUCUUCCGGUGGGUUUUGGUGCUUCAGCACUGACAGUAAUCAAAUCCCAGAAACAGAUUUUCUUUCUUUUCUUUUUCUUUUUAGUAAUGAUGUUCGACUGAAUAUAAGAUUAAAUGAUUUUUUAUAGAUCUUUUGCAGUGCAGCUAGUGUGUUGUUGCUGUUGUUGUGACAGCAAUGACUUACUGUAUGUAAGUGUGCUGUAAACCUAGAUUGUGUGAACAGUUCAGUGCCAUUCUACAAAUGAACCACAUAGCAUAGUUUUCAUGUCAGUUAAAUGUAGCAUUUUGUAAUUAAUAUAUCUCACACAGAAAAUAACAAGUCAUGAAACUGUUCCUGGAAGGUUGUACCUUGAGAUUAACUUACUUUUUUUGUACCUAAAAUGGCCAAAUAUGUAGAAAAGACAAUCAUUAACUUAAAAUAAUUGGGUUAGUAAUCUCUUAGUAAUUUUUGACACAUUUCAAUACAAAAUGCACAUUUUCAUGUGCGCUUAGACGCUGUAUGUCUUUGAAAAGCUACAAACAGUUUGUGUGAGAAUUUGGCCUCUGUAGGUUGAGAUUGCAAAGAAACCAAACUGUCAUUAUUGGAAUAUAGUAUUCCACUGCUAUUGCAUUUAGUCCUUAUUCACUACAUUACAGCUGAUUGAUAAUGUUAAAUAUAAUCACUAAAUCGUAAUAUUACUGAGUGGAAUCUAAUUUUUAAUGUGUAAUAACCGUUUUAGAUUUAUUCUAAUGACCAGUUCAGUUAACGUCAUACUUACAUAAUUUUUUUAAGAAGAAAAAUAUAAUGAAACUAAGUCUGGAUCUCGCAGACAUUUAGAUAACUGACCGCACACCAUUGCAGAAGUGGUGAGAUUAUUUUUGUACAUACAGUAUAUUCGAUUUUAGGCAAACUUUUUGAAUUGGUUUUAAUAUUAUUUUAUCUAAUGUUAUUUUAUGUUUUGAGUUUUUAGCUGAAUUGGCCACCUCAGCGUGCCACCUAUCAAUAAUGCAAUAAUGUUCAUGUGUGCAGGAGGAGGUUGUGACCUGCUCAAGUGUCAUUGAUAAAUCUGACAUUUGAUUUAAAAACGCCCACUGACGCCUCCUGUUGGUAAACCUGAAUCUGAGCUUUUUCAUGCAUGACAUUAAUGGAGUCAAGUGCGCUGCCUUAUUGAUCUGUAUGUUCAGUUUCGUAUGGGAAGCUUGAGCCAGACAUGUUCUAGCCCUGAUUUUAAUUUGCCUCAGUCUGGAGCGAGUGUGAGUGUGUAUAUCUGUAUGUGUGUGUGUGUGGGUUUCAGUGUGAUUGCGUCAGUGUGAAUAUUUACAUCAGUUUAAGAUUUAAAAAAAAGAAAAUUUGACAGUACAUGAGAAAACAUAACCUGUCUUGAAAUACUGAUUUAAUUUUUUUACUGUAUGCAAGAGUAUUAACGUUGUGACUCAAGUAAAGAAACUGGUUCAAAAAAGUGAGUUUCUCAAUUGCUGCUGAUAAAUGUUAAGAUUGAAAAAAUAAAAAAAAUAAAAAAGUACAGAUAUUUUUACCUUGCAUCAAUAAAGCAUGUUUUAUUGAAA